AUGGCAGACCAGUCCAUCAUUCGUAUCACUAAGGAGAUUGGUGAGAUUCAGAAGAACUCGGACUUGUCUCUUGCCGUCGCCUUCCGUGAUCGUGAUGUGCGUAACGUCAAGGCUAUGAUUAUUGGUCCCCACGAGACACCAUACGAGUUCGGCUUCUUCGAGUUCUCCUUUAAAUUUCACAAAGAAUACCCCCGCAAGUCGCCCACGGUCACCUGUACCACGACCAAUGGUGGUCGUUGUCGUUUCAAUCCGAACAUUUAUUCCAGCGGAAAAGUUUGCCUCACAUGGCGAGGUGAACCUGGCGAAGAAUGGUCAGCCGCCCAAGGCUUAGAGUCCAUUUUACUUUCUAUCCAGAGUCUUAUGUCCUCGAAUCCUUAUGAAAAUGAGCCUGGUUUCGAGCACGCAAAUGAUACUUCGGAUAAAGCUAAUCAGCGGGAUUACGUAGCAAAAAUUCGACAUGAGACCCUGCGCAUUUCUGUUAUCCAGAAGCUUGAGGACAUCCUCGGCAUUACCUCGGCGAAUGAUUCACCUGCUACGCCUAUUGAAUACGACCCGCAAACUGAUGGCCUUGAUCUAGAUGAUUCGAGUGCAAUAUGGGAACCGUUCAAAGAUUUGUAUAAGCGUCGGUUUCUAUGGUACUAUGAUACCUAUCUUGAAGCCAUGAAAGACGCAAAAAAAGAUGUGAAGGAUGGCCAAGUAUUCACCCGUAUGCCAUUCGAAGGAGGCAGUAAUGCAAUGGAAGGAAAGUUUAACUAUACCGAAUUGGAGAAGCGCUUGCAGAACAUCAAGAUUUCUCUCAAUGCGGAGCUUGAUAGAUGGGCAACAGAAGGACUGUCAGCUAAGAACAAGGACACCACCGUCCCAGUGAAUCUUUCCCGCCAGUUUGAUCAGAUCAAGGAAUCCUUCAAGAGGGAUGACGUUCCGCACAACGUGGAGUUAGAAAACGGUAACCCAUUUGUAUGGGUGAUAACUUACUUCGGACGGCCGAUGACCAACUUUGAUGGCGGCAUGUUCAGGAUCAAACUUCACUUUAGCCCUCGUUUUCCUGAUGAGCAGCCUCGAGUUAGAUUUCUUACGCCUGUUUUCCAUCAUCGAGUCACGUCGGAUGGUAUUUUAUGUUACAUUCCUAACGCUAAUCGAUGCGAGGACGUUAAGCAACACAUCGAGGCUAUUUUCAAUGCGCUGGAGGAAGAGAACCCCCCAUAUGAUCCCAGGACACAGGUCCACCCCGAAGCACACAGGCUGUAUUGGGGAGGGGCCGAGGGUAGGAAAAUCUACAAUAGAAAACUACGCAGAUCUGUUCAGCGGAGUAUGGAGGACUUUUAA